UAAAAAGAUGGUACAGUUCCUGAAAUCACAGGUCUGCUGGCUCAACCAUUGCAAUGGCAUGUGCAAUGGUUCAAGCAGGAUCAAGUAGCGCGACGUAUCAGCAGCCUGUUGGCUACCAUGUGAAUGUUUUUUUUUCUUCCUUUUUUUGUGCGUGCGCAGCUUCGUGCUAAGCGCUGUGGUUUGUGGGCGUUUCAUCUGUUACAUGCAGUUCAUGGAAGGAAACUCAAACGCGUGCAUCACUCCUUGUUAGUCGUGCGUCUCAACGAAUAUUUUUGCUACGUGUGGCCGUGAUCAGCGCCAGGUGAACCCAGCAGACUUCAUCAUGUUGCUCAUACUCGACGACGAACACAAACAGCACCUUCAGUUUAUCACCAGCGUUGACGAGCCGGUGGCAAAGGAGUUCUGCAAGAUCGCCAACGAGUUCCUCGUUCGCGGAGUGAACCCCAAGGUGUACCACUCUGCCGCGCAGAAGCUCCAAGUCGACGACGACAUCGUUCAGGGUGCCGUCGAGGGCCUUUCCCACCUUCUCAGCCAGGCCGCGAAGCUGAAGCUCGGCGAACAACACUUACGAGAAUCGCUAUUGCUGCUGAGCUUUCCCGAGUCUGUGUGCGAAGAGCUCGUGAAACACCACAUCGAUAACGAGAGGAACGUGCGCAAGCUGCUGUCUGAGAAGUCCAUUUCCUGCUGGAGCUUCUCGCAUCUCCAAUGGAGACUGGAGGCCGAGGUCGCCAGUCGCUGUCUCAAGUCGCACGUGACGCCUCUCGUUACCUUCAAGUUUCAUCUCAAGCAAGGAGAUGGCAGCGAAGACAAAGAAGUGGUGUUGCAGACGGACCCUUUAAACCUAUUACACAUGACCGAAUCACUGGAGGAAGCGCUACAGAGUGCCAAGUCUCUUCACAUGCGAAGAAUAGCGAAGCACGUCAAGUGAUAAUUGAACGCGAUAACGGCUCUCGACAUCCGGAUCUUUGUCUUACCCGUGUUGUACUCUAGCGUUUCUUGCGCAACAAGAACGAUGUAAUGCAAGCCUGAACCAUUUGCUGCGGUGCGAUACUACAAUGCAAACAAAAAUAUUGCUUACCGUGUUGCUUGAUAGGUGCACCAUAAAUGCGUUCCUUCACAUGAAUGGGGGUGUUUUCAAGUGCUUUGUAUCUGCAUAAACUACACUCACUGCCACUAAUGCAAAAAGAAAUAAAAAAAAAUAUGGGAAGAAAGCAAA